AUGUACCAUUAUCCUGAUAUAUGGUAUGACUAUGCUACAUGGCAUGCAAAAGGUGGUUCGAUAGAUGCUGCGAUCAAAGUAUUUCAAAGGGCUCUGAAGGCUCUCCCUGAUUCAGAAAUGCUACGGUAUGCUUAUGCGGAGCUAGAGGAGUCUCGUGGAGCAAUUCAGGUGUGGCGGGCUGCAAAGAAAAUAUAUGAAAGCCUUUUGGGAGAUGGUGUCAAUGCUACGACACUAGCUCAUAUUCAAUUCGUUCGCUUUCUAAGAAGAACUGAAGGUGUUGAAGCUGCUAGGAAGUACUUUCUGGAUGCUCGCAAAUCCCCUAGCUGUACUUAUCAUGUUUAUGUUGCUUAUGCUACAAUGGCAUUUUGUCUUGACAAGGAUCCAAAGAUGGCUCAGAAUGUUUUUGAAGCAGGACUAAAACGGUUUAUGCAUGAGCCUGUUUAUAUUCUCGAGUGA